AUGGAGACGCCUUCAUCCGGCACGAUUGACCUCGAACACGGUGACCGAGGGCUACGGAAGCGACUAACCCUCACGUUUCGGAAUGUCAGUGUCCAUGUCAGGGCGCCGGAUGCCGCCCUGGGUGAUACGCUUCUCUCCGUGGCUGAUCCGCGGCAGUACCUUGGUUUUCUGAAAGGGAGUCGGCCAAAGAGGACUAUCCUGAAAGAAGUCAGUGGGCAGGUCAAACCAGGCGAGAUGUUGCUGGUCCUCGGUCGUCCCGGAUCAGGAUGUACCUCGCUUCUGCGUGUCCUUUCCAACGACCGCGAAUCCUUUGACGAAGUCGUCGGCGAAACCCGAUAUGGAAGUAUGGACCACAUCGCUGCGAGACGCUUCCGGCAGCAGAUCAUGUUCAACAAUGAGGACGACGUGCAUUUCCCCACGCUGACGGUUAACCGCACAAUGAAGUUCGCGCUGCGGAACAAGGUGCCGCGGGAAAGGCCGGAGGGCCAAGGAUCGAAGGAGUUUGUGCAGGAGCAGCGGGACAGUAUCCUCACUGCGCUGGGCAUCCCGCACACGACGAAGACGCUGGUGGGAAACGAGUUUAUCCGCGGUGUCUCUGGUGGUGAACGAAAGCGGGUGUCGCUCGCCGAGGUGAUUGCCGGACGGAGCCCGAUACAAUUCUGGGAUAACCCGACCCGGGGCCUCGACUCCAAGACGGCUGUUGAGUUCGCCCGGCUGCUGCGCUUCGAGGCGGACGUUAACCAGAAGACGAUGGUGGCUACCAUGUACCAGGCUGGCAACGGGAUCUACAACGAGUUCGACCAGGUUUUGGUUCUGGCCGAUGGACGGGUGGCCUACUACGGACCACGCGCCCUGGCAAGGAGCUACUUUGAGGAUAUGGGCUUCGUCUGUCCGAAGGGAGCCAAUAUCGCUGAUUUUCUGACCUCCGUAACGGUGCUCACUGAGCGCAUUGUCCGGCCCGGGAUGGAGGACAAGGUUCCCAACACCGCGGAGGAAUUCGAGGCCCGCUACCGCCAGAGCGAUAUCUAUCAGAAAGCAAUGGAAGGAUUUGACCCGCCGGAGAAACUCACGCACGAAGUGGAUGAGCUGACGGCCGCCGUGGCCAGCGAGAAACGCAAGCGGCACCUCCCUCGGAGCCCAAGUGUCUAUACCACGAGUCUGUGGGAGCAGAUACAGGCGUGCACCAUCCGUCAGUUCCAGAUUAUGGCAGGAGACAGACUGUCCCUCAUCAUUAAGGUGGUAUCAGCCAUCCUGCAGGCCCUGCUCUUCCAUCUUCCUGCGCCCGGCGCGCUGUUCUUCCCAGUUCUCUACUUCCUUCUCGAGUCCAUGUCCGAGACGACCGCCUCGUUCAUGGGCCGGCCCAUCCUCUCCCGCCAGAAGCGGUUCGGGUUCUACCGGCCGACGGCCUUCUGCAUCGCCAACGCCAUCACCGACAUCCCAGUAGUGCUGGUGCAGGUCUCCUGUUUCUGCAUCAUCCUAUACUUCAUGGCCGCGCUACAGAUGGACGCCGCUCGGUUCUUCACCUAUUGGAUCAUCGUCAUCGCCAACACACUGUGCUUCAUGCAGAUGUUCCGCGCCGUCGGCGCGCUCUGCAAACGAUUUGGAAACGCAUCCAAAAUCACCGGGCUGCUGUCGACCAUUUUCUUCGUCUACGGAGGCUACCUCAUCCCAUACGAGAAAAUGCACGUCUGGUUCCGCUGGAUCUUCUAUCUCAACCCUGGCGCUUACGCCUUCGAGGCCCUCAUGGCUAACGAGUUCGUUGGUAAAUCGCUGCAGUGCGUGCAGCCGGACUAUAUCCCCUAUGGGGAUGGAUAUCCCGGCUCGGAAUCGCCGUACCGGGGGUGCUCGAUCCCGGGCAGCGAGGGCGACACGAUACUCGGAGCGGAGUAUAUCCACGCGCAGUAUAGUUACUCGUGGCAUCAUAUCUGGCGGAGCUUCGGGGUCAUCGUCGGCUUCUGGAUGUUCUUCAUCGUUUUGACAGCGCUGGGGCUUGAGUUGCUUAAUAGCCAGGGCGGAUCGUCCGUGUUGCUGUACAGGCGGGGAAGCCAGAAGACAAAGUCGGAAGACACUCCGACCCCGGUGCAGGAGGCCGCGCUGGCGUCGCAUGUCAACCAGUCGACCUUUACCUGGCAUGACCUCGACUACCACGUCCCCUACCAAGGACAGAAGAAGAAGCUCCUGGAUAAGGUGUUUGGGUUCGUGAAGCCCGGGAACCUGGUUGCGUUGAUGGGGUGUUCCGGUGCGGGAAAGACGACGCUUCUUGAUGUUCUGGCCCAACGCAAGGACAGCGGCGAGAUCUACGGAUCGAUUCUGAUUGACGGCCGGCCGCAGGGAAUCAGUUUCCAGCGUACAACGGGAUACUGCGAGCAGAUGGACGUGCACGAGGCAACGGCCACGGUCCGGGAAGCUUUGGUCUUUUCGGCGCUGCUGCGCCAGCCGGCUCAUGUUCCGCGGGAGGAGAAACUGGCCUACGUAGAUCACAUCAUUGAUCUGUUGGAGCUGCGCGAUAUCGGUGACGCGUUGAUUGGAGUCCCCGGCGCCGGGUUGAGCAUUGAACAGCGGAAGAGAGUAACCCUCGGGGUGGAACUCGUUGCGAAACCUAGCCUUCUCUUCCUGGAUGAACCUACCAGCGGUUUGGACGGGCAGUCCGCGUACAAUAUCAUCCGAUUCCUAAGGAAACUAGUCGACGGCGGCCAGGCAGUGCUGUGCACAAUCCAUCAGCCCUCCGCAGUGCUGUUCGAGGCCUUCGACUCGCUCCUGCUGCUCGCUCGCGGCGGAAAGAUGGCGUACUUUGGCGAAACAGGCAAAGACUCGCAGAUCGUCCUGGACUACUUCGCCCGACAUGGAGCCCCGUGUCCUCCUGAUGAGAAUCCAGCUGAGCACAUUGUCGAGGUGAUCCAAGGCAACACGGACAAGCCCAUCGACUGGGUGCAGGUGUGGAACGAGUCAGGGGAGAAGCAGCGUGCGCUGGCCCAGCUGCAAGAGCUCAACGCCCGCGGCAAGUCAGACACCGGCUACGUCGAGGACACGGCCGACUACGCAACGUCGAAAUGGUUCCAGUUCACGAUGGUGACGAAGCGGCUGAUGGUGCAACUGUGGCGGUCGCCAGACUACGUGUGGAACAAGAUUAUCUUGCAUGUGUUCGCGGCGUUGUUCAGCGGGUUCACCUUCUGGAAGAUCGGCGACGGCACGUUUGACCUGCAGCUGCGGCUGUUUGCCAUAUUCAACUUCAUUUUCGUCGCGCCGGGGUGCAUCAACCAGAUGCAGCCGUUCUUCCUGCAUAACCGGGAUAUUUUCGAGGCGAGAGAAAAGAAGUCCAAAAUCUACCACUGGCUCGCCUUCAUCGGCGCGCAGACUGUCUCCGAAAUCCCCUAUCUAAUCCUCUGCGCCACCCUCUAUUUCGCCUGCUGGUACUUCACCGCAGGAUUCCCCACCACGGCCAGCAUCUCAGGACACAUGUACCUGCAGAUGAUCUUCUACGAGUUCCUGUACACGUCGAUCGGACAGGGGAUCGCGGCGUACGCGCCCAACGAGUACUUCGCGGCGGUGAUGAACCCCGUGCUGAUUGGCGCGGGGCUGGUCAGCUUCUGCGGCGUCGUGGUGCCGUACUCGCAGAUGCAGCCGUUCUGGCGGGACUGGCUGUACUAUCUCGAUCCGUUCACGUAUCUGGUUGGCGGGCUGCUGGGUGAGGUCCUCUGGGAUGUGCAGGUGCGCUGUGACCCGUCUGAGCUGGUGCGGUUUAGUGCGCCGGUGGGCCAGACGUGUGGGGAGUACAUGGCUGCGUUUCUGGCUGAGAAGCCGGGGUAUCUGGUUGAUGGGAAUGCGACGGCUUGUGAGUUCUGCCAGUAUUCGACUGGGGCGGACUAUGCAAGGACGUUUAAUUUGAAGGAGCGGUACUACUCUUGGAGAGAUACCGGGAUUACGGCGCUGUUUUGCAUUUCGAGCUAUGCGAUGGUGUUCCUGAUGAUGAAGUUGCGGAGCAAGAAGACCAAGAGUGCGCGGUCGGAGUAG